CACAGAAGGGAACCAAGGUUAUGGUAAUAACCUAACGUUGUUAUUUAUACAAGCGCCUUUUCUGUGUUAUUCACACCCGCAUCCUAGGUGGCGGUACACGUUCCCUAAUACUAGCUCCAUGUCGUUCUCUACACUCCUCUUGCACCUGAUAGCGCUCUUCCAUUGUUUUGAAGACGGUUCUGCUCCAGGCAGCCCCUUUUGGAUCUGCCAGAUGCGCAGACUUUUCGCUUAGUGGAUUCGUGACCUUUGUUGUCAGAUCCGGCUGAGGUUACGCAAUUUGCCGAACUUGGACAGGGUAUGCGCGCAUUUGACGUAAAGCCUACGCAGACUCUGAAAAGUCGAGCUGCAGUUAGUGCGCACCUUGUCCAGAUUCGUUCUCCUGGUAAAGAGAUGGAGCAGGAUAGCUCAGAAGAGGCGAUGACAGAGUUUAAAGAGAAGCCUCUAGGGGGAUGGGGACUCCUGCAGAUCACCGCUGGCACCGGAUUGGCUGUCUACACAGUGUGGGCGGGGAUUAUCAUGCCAGGGUUCCGAAGGGUUCCUUUGAAGUUACAGGUGCCCUAUGUCCCUGCCAGCCAUGCCCAGGUGCGGAGUGUGAUGACUCUGCUUCAGGGGCGCUCUGGAAACAUUGCAGACCUGGGCUCGGGGGACGGCAGGAUUGUGCUGGAGGCAUACAGGCAGGGUUUCCAGCCUGUUGUGGGUUAUGAGCUCAACCCUUGGCUCAUUCGCCUCUCCAACUUCCAUGCCUGGAGAGCCGGGUAUUCUGGGAAGGUGUCCUUCAGACAGGAGGAUCUCUGGAAGGUCAGUCUAGCUGAGUGCAGGAACGUCACUGUCUUUUUGGCACCCAGUGUGCUCCCCCUCUUGCAGGAGAAGCUGCUCUUGGAGCUGCCCCUGGAUGCUCUGGUGGUGGCAGGCAGAUUCCCCUUCCCAGGCUGGGCACCGUGCCGCACAGAGGGGGUGGGAGUCCACCGAGCCUGGGCCUACAACAUCCAGGCACUGCGGCAAGCAGCGAAGAACCAGGGAACGGCCGUCUAGGGUGGCACUGCUCAGACGAACCCCCACUUCUGAGGGCCAUCGCUGGGAUCAAUCUAAUACAGCCUGACAAUGGAUGCAACCACAGGAGCAAGUGUGGUGUCAGAUACAGCUGUAACCAGCCUGCUUUACCUUGACUACCACUGGGACUGUAACAUGUUUUAAUGAUGGUAAAGAGACUGGAUGAAAGGGUGGUUGCACUUUGCAUAUUUAGGGUGAUUUAUGUGACCCAAAAUUAUGUUUUUUUUUUUCAU